CGGUGCUUAGCGUGUGUUGCAAGGCAGAAGUUUGUCCAUGCGAGACCCAGGAACUAUGUCAUCAAAUUCGCGAUGAGAAGGACUUUGAGAACUACACAGGUGUUGCUGAGGCUCUCCACUUUCUGGAGGACCGAGUUUUGAAAUCAGUGGAAUGCCCGGUGGAAGCUGAGUAUGAAAACUAAGGAGGUGGUGUAAAUUGAGGCGUUUGAUUGCAAAUGUGGAGGGAGUCGAAAAGAGAACACAAAAGGCUUUUGUAUAAAACACCUGUCUGGAUUACAUCUUAAAAUUAAGGGCAACAAUGGCAUCCGUGACAGAGAGGGAGAAGCGGUCAUCCAUGUAUACGGGUGUUUGUGUUUGAUGUGGGCAAGAAAGCAUGGAAGUCAUAUGAUUGGGGCAAAGUGACAACUGUUGCUGCAUUUGGGAAAUAUGAUGCUGAACUCAUGUGCUACGCCCAUUCGAAAGGAGCACGGGUAGUCCUGAAAGGUGAUGUGUCCAUCCCUGAAAUGGUUGACCCUGCCAACAGGACAGCAUGGAUCACAGGCAAAGUGGACUUGGCCAAGAGGCAGUUUAUGGAUGGCAUCAACAUAGACAUUGAGCAAGAGGUGGCCGACUCCUCCCCAGAGUACUACGCCUUGACAGCACUCGUCAAAGAGACCACUGAGGCCUUUCAUAGAGAGAUCCCAGGUUCCCAGGUGUCAUUUGAUGUUGCCUGGUCGCCCAAGUGUAUAGACAGGCGCUGCUACGACUACGCCGCCAUUGCCGAGUCCUGCGACUUGCUAUUUGUGAUGUCCUAUGACGAGCAGAGUCAGAUAUGGGGCAACUGUGUUGCGAUGGCGAACGCCCCAUUCAAUCAGACACUGACAGCGUACGACCAAUAUUUGGCGAUGAAGAUGGAUCCAAAGAAGCUUGUGAUGGGAGUACCAUGGUAUGGCUAUGAUUACCCUUGUCUCGACUUCUCCCAGGAAGGGGUGUGCUCCUUAGCCAAGGUUCCGUUCCGGGGCGCGCCUUGUAGCGAUGCAGCUGGCCGUCAGAUCCCUUACAGCUUUAUGAUGAAACAGAUCAACGGCUCUAUGUCUGGGAGGCUGUGGGACGAGGUCCAGCUGGCUCCCUACUACAACUACAAGGACCAAAGGGGACAGAUCCAUCAGGUGUGGUACGACGACCCAGAAAGCAUUUCCCUGAAGGUGGCCUAUGUACGAGAGCUGGGCCUGAAGGGCACGGGCAUGUGGUGCGGCAACCUCCUGGACUACAGCAACAACCCUGUUGCCCAGGAACAGAGUCGAGACAUGUGGAAUGCCCUCAUGGGUUGCCAAGACGCUCCGUGCUGAGAGACUGCCUUUCCCCCGGAUCCCACAGCUAUUUGUUGCUAAGUCAAUAGAUGCUUUUGUCUGAGGACAGAAGUGGGACGGAGGAACCAUAAAGUGUCUUCCUCUUGAACUCAGGGA